UAACACAGAUAAUGUAUUUAGGUCAGUGAGUUAAUGUCAAUCACAUGAUUGAUACAAAACAACACGUGACAUUUCAAAACAAAAAUGGCUUCGAAGAAGAAGGAGUUUGACGAAAUACAGCUGGUAUCGAAACUAAGUUUUUCAGGCACGAAAGCAGACAAAAGCCGGUUUAUUUUUAAACUAGUGGGGCUUGCACUUAUACUGUUUGUAAUUGGUGUCAUUUUGUGUGUUCUGAUCGUAACUAAUUAUGGCGAACGCAACACACCACAGGCCCGUUGUGGUGUUGUCGACUUAUUCGACGAUGGCAGAAAGAACAUCCGUUUGGUUGACCACGAAGAUCCAUCUUCAAUUAUUGCUGAAAUUGGACUGAACGUGCACGAGAAAAUGUACAGUCACCCAAUCGAAGGUGGGGUUGAAUAUAUUUGGAGAAACGGCCUUGCACUUGUCGUUCAAGAUCAGGGAAAUAAUUGCACUUCCUUGCACUGGUCAGGAUUGACAGACAUCGACGACUAUCCUAUGGACUGUUUUUUUUUGAGUGGUAGAAAUUGGUAUGGCGGAGCAGAGUUAUAUCAGCAAGUUUGGCCGUUUGAAAAAUCCGUCAUGGAAAUGGCAGCGUAUUAUCCGCAGGACACGAUUAAUGCCUAUUACAAGAAACUGAACGCAUUUGGUCCAAUAUUAGGGAGGUACUGGGUUAAUUCACAAGGGAUUGCCAUUGUUGUUGACCAACUCUCGCCGCUGGUUGUUGGUAUAAACAUGGAGAAACAGCCUGAUAAACUGUGUCUUAGCAUUGACCCAAAUCAGUAUCCAAAAACAAGUGUACCACCUACGCUGAACUAUACAGUUUGCAAGGGUGAUAAUGUCAAGACCACUCAUCAAGCAAUGGCCCAAAAGUAUUUCAAGAAAUUGACAAGUGGAAUUGAUUUGAAAAUGAUGGAAGAUCCAGUGUGGUCAACCUGGGUGAAAUAUCAUGCUGCAGUGAACCAGAAAGAUGUUGAAGAGUUUGUUGAUCAAAUUGUUGCAAAUAACUUUAAGUGUAGUCAACUUGAAAUUGACAACAACUACACAACAAAAUAUGGCGAUUUGGAUUUUGAUCCAGUCAAAUUUCCGACACCAAAAGAUAUGAUUGAGAAGAUCCAUAGAGCAGGUUGCCGUGUUACGACGUGGGUUCAUCCGUUUGCUGAAAUGACAUCGAAGGCAUAUGCGGAGGGACGUGAAUUGGGCAUGUUUGUUCUGGGAGGAGAUGAUAGGACCCCUGGGUUAGUAAUGUGGUGGGAAGGUAUCGCAGCUGCGAUUGAUGUGACGAAACCCAGCGCUUAUGAUUGGUUCCUAAAUCGACUAAAAGAAUUUCAAAAGGAUUACACCAUUGAUUCCUUCAAAUUUGAUGCUGGUUCUGUAUCAUACCUACCAUUCCAGUAUAAUUUGAAUGGUAGUAAAAUACCAUCGGAUUACUCUGUACAAUAUGCAAAACUUGCUUCGGAUAUUAAUAACAUAGUUGAAGUUCGUGUCGCUGACCAUAGCCAGGACUUGUCCGUGUUUGUGAGGUUCCUUGACAGAGAUCCUGCCUGGGAUAGUGCAAUGGGCCUACAAUCUGUCAUUCCAACUGUGUUGACAUUUGGAAUUCUUGGUUAUCCCUUCAUUUUACCAGAUAUGAUUGGUGGAAAUGGUGAUCCUGACAAAGAAUUGUUCAUACGAUGGAUGCAGCUCAAUGCUUUUCUUCCAUCAAUGCAGUUCUCCCAUGCCCCUUGGGAUUUUGACAAUGAAACUAUUGCCAUUGCUCAUAAUGUCAUGAACAUUCGAGCAAGCAUCAUGCCAACCUUGCGUGAAGGCAUGGAAAAUGCGGUUCAGACAGGUGACCCAAUCAUUCGCCCUUUAUGGUGGAUUGCUCCGAAUGAUCCACUCGCCCUUACUGUUGACCAGCAGUUUAUGGUGACGGAUGUAUAUCUUGUUGCCCCAGUUGUGACCCAAGGUGCGCAAGGCCAUAAUGUGUAUUUACCCAAGGGUGUCUGGAUAGAAGAGUUUGGUAACAGAGCUACACAUAACAUGGCAGAAGGUGGUAUAGUUACCUAUAACAACACUGCACUAGGUGAUGUGUACUACUUUAAAAACAUUGCCACUCAACAGUAAUCUGAACUGAAAGUUCCCUAUGUAUAAAGAUUAUUUUAUAACCAGUUUUUAAAACAAAGGAAUCACAAACAAUUUUUUCAGUAUUAAGGUAUAAUGAACUAAUGAACUAAUGAACUAAUGAAAACUUUUGAUACUGUCAAAAACGUAGAAGUAAUUCAAUCUUCAAACUAAUUAUCUCUGUAUGUGUGACGUCACUCUUAUGACGUAAUCUAAAAUAGAGUAAUCUCAAGUAUUGCGUAAUAUUAUUGUUGGGGACU